CUCUCCGUUUCUUGCUAAUAUAGCGUUCAAAUAGAGGCAAAAAGGAAAAAAAAAAAAAAAAAAAAGAAGUGCCAGAAGGGAGAGAGAGCCAUGGUUUCAACGAGGCGGAGUGGAUCUCUCUCCGGGAACAACAAUAGCAAAAGAUCAUCUUCCUCUGAAGAUAAAUCUCCCUCACCCAAGCGUCAAAAGGUCGAUAAUGGCGGUGCCUUGGAGAAACCCACUACAGCGGCUGCUGAAAAUUCCAAGGAAUCUUGUGCGCCUGCGACAUCGGAAAAUGCUCCGAUCACCGGAGACGUCGUGAGCCCUGGGAAGGGCGAGGCAGCCCCGGUGGUGUCGCCGAUCGCCGAGGGGGCUUCGCCGGCUGUGAUUGUGGAUAAGCCGAGGAGUUCGUUCUCUUCAUGGAGCGUUUACCAGAAACGGAACAACCCGGCGACGACCUUCGAGACCCCGGUGCCGUGGUGCAGGCUUCUAUCACAGUCUGCACAGAAUCCAACUGUUCACAUUUGCACUGAAAACUUUGUGAUUGGUUCAAAUAAAAGCUGCAAUUUUACUUUGAAGGAUCAGAGUAUUAGCGGGCAUCUGUGCGGAAUCAAGCACACUCAGCGUGAUGGCAAUGACCUAGCUGUGCUAGAUAUUCUCGGGAGCAAGGGAACGGUGCAAGUAAAUGGGACAAAUGUGAAGAGGAGUGGAGCCAGCUGCGUGCUGAGCUCAGGCGAUGAGUUGGUGUUUGGUGCAAACUAUGCUUAUGUGUUUCAGAAUCUGAUGAAUGAGGUUGCAGUCAAAGGUGCGGAGGUUCAAAGUGGUCUUGGAAAGCUUCUGCACCUUGAGAGGAGAGCAGGGGAUGCCUCAGCUGUGGCUGGAGCUUCCAUACUGGCCUCUCUUUCUAGCAUGAGACAAGGUCUAUCACGUUGGAAGUCUCCAACUCAGACCACCAGUAAAAUCCACCCGGGCCCUGAGGUGCCUACUCAUUCUCUUGUUCAUGAUGGCACGGAAGCUGAACUUGAUCUGGAAUGCAACUCGGCCCCAAACACUGAGAUUGAUAAAGCUGCAGAAGUUGGAACAAUCAACAAGAACUCUCUUCACGAUUGCAACCCGGACUUCAGCAUGGAGGCAGGCAAUGUAAAACUCUAUGGGGUGAAUGAUUUGAUAUGGCCUUUGUUCAGGAUGUUAGCUCAAUCAACUAGUUGUACACUGAAAUUGAGCAAAAGUAUCUGUAAACAGGUUUUGGAGGAACGAAAUGAGUGGAUGAGGGAUUCACAGCCAGCAUCAACAUCGGGUAUGUCUUGGAGGUGUGCGGUGUUUCGAGAAGACGUUCGUGCGGGCAUUGUCGAUGGCAGACACAUAGAUGUUUCAUUUGACCAAUUUCCUUACUAUUUAAGUGAGAACACAAAAAAUGUGCUGAUUGCAGCUUCGUUUAUACACUUGAAGCAUAAAGAACAUGCAAAGUACACCACAGAGCUUACUACUGUGAACCCACGAAUAUUGCUUUCUGGUCCUGCAGGGUCAGAGAUAUAUCAGGAGAUGUUGGCAAAGGCACUUGCUAACUACUUUGGGGCUAAAUUGCUCAUAUUUGAUAGCCAUUCUUUUUUGGGUGGUUUAUCGUCAAAGGAAGCAGAGCUGCUGAAGGAUGGAUAUAAUGCAGAAAAGUCCUGCAACUGCUCCAAGCAAAGUCCUUUAACGAUGGACUUGUCUAGGAACAUUGGCCCGUCAGCAGUUGAAGUGGAUCCACCCAGCUCUUUAAAUGCACCUUCUUCAUAUGGCUUGGAAUCUCAAACUAAGAUGGAGUCUGAAACCGCCCCCUCUUCCUCUGCGACAUCUAAGAAUUUAUUGUUUAAAAUUGGUGAUAGAGUAAAAUUUAGUGCUUCAACUUCGGGUGGCUUAUAUACAGCAGCAUCUCCUUCACGGGGUCCACCUAGUGGAAGCCGUGGGAAGGUGGCAUUGGUUUUUGAGGAGAAUCCUUUGUCAAAAGUAGGUGUGAGGUUUGAUAGAGCCAUACAAGAUGGGGUUGAUCUUGGAGGUCACUGUGAGUUAGGGCAUGGAUUCUUUUGCAAUGUUACGGAUCUUCGUUUGGAUAACACGGGUGUAGAAGAGUUGGACAAGUUACUGAUUAACACUUUGUUCGAGGUUGUGACCAGUGAGAGCAGAAGCUCACCUUUCAUUCUGUUUAUGAAAGAUGCCGAGAAGUCUAUCGUGGGAAAUGGAGACUCGUUAUCAACAUUUAAAAGCAAAGUUGAAAAGCUUCCUGAUAAUGUUGUUGUAAUAAGUUCGCACACUCAUACUGAUAAUCGCAAAGAGAAGUCACAUCCUGGUGGUCUGCUUUUCACGAAAUUUGGCAGCAAUCAAACUGCACUUCUUGACUUGGCUUUCCCAGAUAGUUUUGGAAGGCUGCAUGACAGGGGUAAGGAAGUCCCGAAGUCGACAAAAGUUCUGACGAAGCUUUUUCCCAAUAAAGUUGCCAUUCACAUGCCACAGGAUGAGGCACUUCUUGCGUCAUGGAAGCACCAAUUGGAUCAAGAUUCCGAAACCCUCAAAAUGAAAGGAAAUCUGAAUCACCUCCGCUCUGUUCUUGGUCGGAGUGGGAUGGAAUGUGACGGACUUGAGACAUUAUGCAUUAAGGACCAAAUGCUUACAAAUGAAAGUGCAGAGAAGGUAGUUGGAUGGGCUUUAAGCCAUCAUCUAAUGCAGAAUCCUGAAGCCGAUCCUGAUGCUAGGCUUGUACUGUCUAGUGAGAGCCUCCAGUAUGGGAUUAGAAUCUUGCAAGCUAUCCAGAAUGAAUCGAAGAGCUUGAAGAAGUCGCUCAAGGAUGUUGUAACAGAAAAUGAAUUUGAGAAAAGGCUUCUAGCCGAUGUUAUUCCACCCAGUGACAUUGGAGUGACUUUUGAUGAUAUUGGGGCUCUGGAAAACGUGAAGGAUACAUUGAAGGAGUUGGUGAUGCUUCCUUUGCAGAGGCCUGAACUUUUUUGCAAGGGCCAAUUAACCAAGCCUUGCAAGGGCAUAUUACUAUUUGGUCCCCCUGGAACAGGUAAGACAAUGCUUGCAAAGGCUGUGGCUACUGAAGCCGGUGCAAAUUUCAUCAAUAUUUCCAUGUCAAGCAUCACAUCCAAGUGGUUUGGUGAGGGUGAGAAGUAUGUGAAAGCUGUUUUCUCACUUGCCAGUAAAAUUGCACCUAGUGUUAUAUUUGUUGAUGAAGUUGACAGCAUGUUGGGCCGGAGGGAAAAUCCAGGGGAGCAUGAAGCCAUGCGAAAGAUGAAAAAUGAAUUUAUGGUGAAUUGGGAUGGCUUACGGACGAAAGACACAGAGCGGGUUCUGGUGCUUGCUGCUACAAAUAGGCCUUUUGACCUUGAUGAGGCGGUCAUUCGAAGGCUUCCCCGUAGAUUGAUGGUAAAUUUGCCUGACUCUCCAAAUAGAGCGAAGAUACUAAAAGUUAUACUGGCUAAAGAGGACUUGGCUCCUGAUGUUGAUUUUGAUGCAAUUGCAAAUAUGACUGAUGGAUAUUCUGGAAGUGACCUGAAGAACCUAUGUGUAACUGCUGCUCACCGUCCAAUUAAAGAGAUAUUGGAAAAGGAAAAAAAGGAGCAUGCUGCUGCUCUCGCAGAAGGUAGACCUGCACCAGCUUUGAGCAGUAGUGCAGAUAUACGGCCUUUGAACGUAAAUGACUUCAAAUAUGCUCAUGAACGGGUAUGUGCAAGUGUUUCAUCUGAGUCCGUGAACAUGACCGAGCUUUUACAAUGGAACGAACUUUAUGGUGAAGGGGGUUCUAGAAGAAGAAGGGCUCUCAGCUACUUCAUGUGAGGGCUGUUCCCGUCCAAAUGGUUAUAUUUUUCCCCUUAGAACCCUUACUCUUGUGAUUGAGGACGGUGCUAUGGUGAAUUUUGCUUAUAUUUUAGGGCUUGAUAAAGGAGAGCCAUUUUGUCUGUAAAAUGAAGUAUAGGUUAAGUUGUUUUUACCCCUCGAGUUUGAUUUGUGAUGGUGGGAAUAAAGUGAGUGAAGCCUUCCAAAUUCUUGGCUUGGCUCCACUGCUUUUGUUUUGUUCCCCAUCCCCUUUCUGUCAACAUAAAGAACUGUCUUUUAAAUCAAUAAGCAUCAGAAAGAAA